UAGUUAAAAAAUUUCUCUCUCCUGAAACUCCAAAAUCUGGCAAUUCGCGUAGUCGCACCUCCUCUGCAUCUCCUUCCCCCUCCUCCCGCAACCUUCUCCUCUUGAAACCCUAACACAAAAGCAGCAUCUUGCAGUGGUAGUUGUAGUUACAGUUGUAGGUGUAUCUCUAGUCGGCAGGCAGCUCCUCUGCCAACCACCUCCCCUUCUCUGCUGCUGCUAAUCUCGCUGUGGAUGAUGCCAAUUUGAACAUGGAAGAGUUGGAGAUGAAUACCGAGAAAAAUACUGAAAGAGGAGGAAACAAGGAAGAGACGGUUGAGGAACCGAAACAGGAGGAUGUUGAAGUGGAAAAUGCCGGAGGAGAAAGAGAGGAUAUUGCAGCUGUUGAUGAUGAUGUUGUAAAAAUGGAGGAGUUGGAGUUGAUAACCGAGGAAGUGAUUGAGGAGAAGGGGGAAAACAGGCAUGCCGGUGAGGAGGUUAUGGUGAAAGAGGAAGAAGAUAAGGAGGAGUUGGAGAAGGUGCAAGAAGUAGUGGGAGAAGAAGGACAAGGAGUUGGGGAAGCUGAGGAGGAGGAGGAGGAGGAAAUGUUGGGAGAAGAGGGAUGUGAGGAAGAAGUGUUGGGUGAAGAGGGAUGUGAGGAAAAAGUGUUGGCAGAAGAGGUAGGUGAGGAAAAAGUGUUGGCAGAAGACGAAAAAGCUGUCAAGGAGGAAGGAGGCAAGGAAGCUGAAAAGGGGGAAGAGUUGGUGGGAGGAGAGGAGGAAGCUGGAGGAGAAAGAGAGGAAAUUGCAGCUGUUGAUGACAAUGUUGUAGAAAUGGAAGAGAUGGAGUUGAAAACCGAGGAAGUGACUGAGGAGAAGGCGGAGAACAGAAAUAACGGCGAGGAGGGAAGUGAUGAGGUUAUGUUGAAGGAGGAAGAAGAAAAAGGGGAGUUGGAGAAGGUGGAAGAUGUGGUGGGAGAAGGAGGACGGGGAUGUGGGGAAGCUGAGAAGGAUGAAGUAGUGGUGGGAGAAGAGGAAGGUGAGGAAAAAGUGUUGGGAGAAGGAGGCGAGGAAGAGGUGGUGGGAGAAGAAGGAGGUGAGGAAAUGGAGGAUUCAGCAUCGCCGGUUGUGGGAAAAGAUGAUAAACAGGUGAGAGAGGAUGAGACGCCCAUUGCUGACACAGAAAUGGAGAUGGAGACUGAGGUGGGGAAGUCUGGCAGUGGCAGUGGUAGUGGUGGGAAGCGGAGACGUGGACGGAGUUCUAAGGCAACUACCCCAGUGAAGACACCCGCAAGGAAGACUGUAGGUGAAGAUGUUUGCUUUGUAUGUCUUGAUGGAGGGGACCUCGUGCUCUGUGACCGGAGGGGCUGCCCGAAGGCAUAUCAUCCUUCAUGUGUGGAUCAUGAUGACGAGUUUUUCCAAACAAAGGGUCGGUGGAAUUGCGGUUGGCAUCUCUGUAACCAGUGUGGGAAGAACGCAUACUUUUUGUGUUAUACCUGUACAUUUUCACUAUGCAAAGGAUGCAGUAAAGAUGCUGCUGUAUUUUGUGUUAGAGGAAGCAAAGGCUUUUGUGACUCCUGCAUGAAAACUGUAAUGGUGAUUGAAAGUAGUGAACAAAACGAGAUGGGCCGUGCUGCUUUCGAUGACAAAAGUAGUUGGAAUUUUCUAUUUAAAGAUUACUGGAUCGAACAAAAAGGGAAGCUGUGUAUUACUUCUGAUGAGCUAGCGCAGGCGAAAAAUCCAUGGAGAGAUUCUGAUGCAACUGGUAGACGACAAGCACCAGUUGAAUUACAUGAGGGUAAUAAUGAUGCAGGUACUGAUUCUGACAGCUCUCAUCCAAACUUAGAAGUGACUGAUUCAAGAAGGACAAGGGCCAAGAGGAAGUCGAAACCUGUAGAUUCUGGUACAGACAGUUCGACAGAGAAGGAAGCAGGCACAGUGAAAAGGAAGUCUAAAAGGAGGCCAAAAGCUCAGUCCAAGGAGGAACUUUCAGAUUCAGAAGAUUCUUCUGGGAACCAAGAUUCAGGUAACAAGAGGGGGAAAAGAGCCAGAAGGCUGUCCAAGUCCCGUUCAAGGGCUGGCAAUGGUAGAAUUUCUGUGGAAGGCAAUACUGAGUGGGCAUCAAAGGAGCUAUUGGAGUUUGUGAUGCACAUGAAAGAUGGUGAUAAUUCUGUUCUUACUCAGUUUGAUGUGCAGGGACUCUUGCUAGAAUAUAUAAAAAGAAACAAACUUCGUGAUCCACGUCGACAAAGCCAGAUACUUUGUGAUUCAAUGCUUCAAAAACUGUUUGGAAAACCACGAGUUGGUCACUUUGAAAUGUUGAAGCUGCUCGAAUCACACUUUCUUUUGAAGGAGGAUUCUCAUGUAGAUGACAAUCAAGGAAGUGUGGUUGAUACUGAAAUCAGUCAAUUGGACGCUGAUGAUGCUGAUUAUUUAUUGGAAUCAGGCAAAAGUAAGGGGAAAAAGUCACGUAAAAGGGGUGAAGAGAGGGGGCAGUCUAACCUCGAUGAUUAUGCUGCCAUAGAUAUGCAUAACAUAAACUUAAUUUGCUUGCGCCGGUGCUUAAUGGAGGCUCUCAUGGACGACUCUGAAAUGUUCCACGACAAGGUUGUCGGCUCUUUUGUCAGAAUAAGAAUUUCUGGUAGCAGCCAAAAGCAGGACAUAUACAGGCUCGUGCAAAUAAUUGGUACAAGCAAGGCACCUGAACCAUACAAAGUCGGUAAAAGGACAACUGAUGAUAUGCUUGAGAUCUUAAAUUUGGACAAGACAGAGAUCGUAUCAAUAGAUUCUAUAUCCAAUCAGGAAUUCACAGAGGAUGAAUGCAAGCGGUUGCGCCAGAGUAUAAAAUGUGGACUUAUCAGCCGGAUGACUGUGGGCGAUAUUAUGGAAAAAGCGAGGGAACUCCAGGAAGUCAGAGUUAUUGAUUGGUUGGAAGCAGAGAUAGUGAGGCUUAGCCAUCUUCGUGACCGAGCUAGUGAAAAAGGGCGUAAGAAGGAGCUCAGAGAAUGUGUGGAGAAAUUGCAGCUGCUGAAGACACCAGAGGAACGCCAACGAAGGUUGAAUGAAAUUCCGGAAGUUCAUGCAGAUCCAAAAAUGGAUCCUAGCUGUGUUUCUGAUGAUGAAACGGAAAAGCAAGAUAAGAGACAAGCAGGUAAUAUGAGACCAAGAGAAAGUGGAUCUUUUAGAAGAGGCAGAGACGCCUUUUCACCACGGAAAGGAGGUUCUGUUUCAAAUGAUUCUUGGAGUGCAAGUGCAAGACCUCCAAACAAAAGUUGGGAACCAGGCAGAAAUACGUCUAACAAGGGUUUCUCGGGCAGAAGGGAUGACACUGCUCUUUCCCCACAAAAAAGUGAGCAUACUUGGAGUAGUGGGAUAGACAAGGGUACACCUAGGUCAAAUAGUUGGGAGAAACCAAGGAGUAAUCCUGAUACUUUGAUGAGCACUCGAGCUGAACAUUCUGGGACGCGGUCAGACUUUUCUGUGGCAGCUGCAUCAGAACCUACACAGCCUUUAUCUUCUGCAGUAGGACAAACUGAUGGGAAAAUUAACGACACAGAUAAAAUCUGGCAUUAUAGAGAUCCAAGUGGUAAGGUCCAGGGACCAUUUUCUAUAGCACAGCUUCGUAAAUGGAAUAACACAGGAUAUUUUCCUGUUGCAUUGAGAGUUUGGAGAGCCUCGCAAACCGAAGAUGAUGCUAUUGUUCUAACUGAAGCAUUAGCUGGAAGGUUUCAGAAGGUAGGAUCACAUUUAGAUGUUGGUUCAAAUAUUAGGAAUUCAUCGCCCUUAAUGGGUACUCCUAAACCCUCUGGUGCCAGAUAUGAUUCCUCUAACCUCCCUUCUCCAACUCCUGGACGAAGCCCAGCUGCCUGGAGUGGGAAGCAAACGUCCACUAAUCAACUUCGAGGGAACGAACGAUUACCUUCUCCUACCCCUAUAUCACCUGCAUCUGAUCCAAGCGGUGCAGACAGAUCAAAAGUUUCUGAGCAAUCUAAAGGGGAGUUACCUGGGAACAAACAAGAAAAUGUGACAGCAUCUAUUGGAACUUUUCAACAUGCUCCUGGUCAGUAUGUCUCCCAUUCAGCUACAGUAAAUGCCCAACAAAUCUCAUCACAGUCGGUAUUACAUGUAGCAAACCAGCCAUUUGUUCCUCCUGAUACUGCAGUGAGUGUGGGAUCUAAUGCUUUAGGUACUGGUCAGGGCUUCCCCAAUAUGAUUCAGCCAGGCACUGUACAAAACCCUCCUGUCUAUACUCAGAAUUGGGGAGCUGGUUAUGUAGCAAGACCAGAAAUGGUGAAUACAAAUCUGACUACAUCCAACAAUCAAAAUGCUUUGCCCGCACAAGUUGCUUAUAGUCAGUGGAGUGGUGUUUCUGUGAAUAACCAAGCUUCACCUUAUGCUUCUGGAUAUCCUUCGGGACAAGGAAAUAUUGCUGCCAACUUUCCUGUUAUGCCUGCAAACAAUGCAUGGAGGCCUGCUCAGACCCACAUGCCAUGGGGUGGGCAUCAGCAACAGCCAGUGAAUCAAAAUGUAGGGUGGGCUGGGCAACCAGCAGCAGUUGCUAUGGGCCAAAUGACCAGCCCUGCACCAUCUGGUCCUGCAACUGUUGGUUGGACUGGCACAGGGCCUAGCCCAGCAGCCGGAAGCACUAACAUGGUUUGGGUAGGUGCACCUGGGAACACAGGUACGUGGGGAGGUGACCAGAACCGUAAUAGUGGAGGUGCUCAAUGGAACAGACAGUCAUCUGGUAGCGGGGGACAAAGGGGGGUCUGCAUAUUUCAUGAAAAUGGCCAUUGCCGGAAGGGUUCGUCGUGCGAUUUUAUGCACAAUUGAGUUUUCACAACAGUAGUAGAUAGUAUCUUCUCAUGUACAGUCAUUUUUCAUCCUAGGAGGGGUAGCAGUUCACUAAUUUAUAGUAUGUAUGUCACAUGCUUAAAUAAAUUGUUAUCAGCAGCACCCCUAAUUUUCCUCCCUUUUUUGCCCCUCCUUUUGUGUACUCUUUAGAGUUUCUUGACCAGUGUAAUAGCGGAUUUUGUAGAGACUGGAGGGCUUACAGUUAGAAGUAGCAAAGUUAUUGGUUAUUAGAUUUUAUUCAAAGUUGGUUGAAAUAUUCACAAA